AUGGCUGACAUUAAUGACCCCGUGAUUAAAAAACGAUUUGAAGAUGGUCUAGGUGACAUGAAUCGGCCGAUUUAUCGAUACCUUGCUGAUCAAAAAUGGAGGGAAUAUAGACGGAAGAUCAUCGUUCAGCGUAUAACCCAGAUGAAAGUGAUCCCAGAUGUCCUCCCUCACCUGGAUCCCAUUGUCGAUGUGAAAUUGGCUUUCGGAAGACGAGCAAUACCUCCUGGGGAAUUCGUAGAUUCUCGAGUCAGCUCGAUGCCGGCGAAGCUAAACGUCCAGACCUUUGAGCAUGGUGAGAAACUGUUGACCGUCGCCGUUGUGGAUUUGGAUGUUCCUGAUCCUGAACACGACUCUUUCGGUUUCCGUUGCCAUUUCCUGGCAAUUAACGUGCCUAUCUCCCCGACUGAGUCAAGGAUUUCCUUGGACAAACUGUCAACGGACAACCAAGUUAUCUUCCCUUGGCUUCCACCGUAUGCUCAGAAGGGAAGUCCGUACCAUCGGCUCUCUAUCGUUAUUCUAGAGCAAAAAGAUCAAGCCGCCUUGGAUUUGAAACAGGUGGCAGAGAAAGUGCAACGGGACGACUUCCGUCUACGAAGCCUCCAGACACGACACCAGCUCAAACCAAUUGGGGUGCAUCUUUUCAGAAGCAAAUGGGAUGAAAACACAGAAUCCGUCAUGAAGGAGUUUGGUAUUCCAGGAGCCGAGAUUGAGUUCCGCAGAAAGAGAAUUGAGCCACUACCGUACAAGAGGAGGAACCCUUCCUCAUUUAGAUAG